UCAAGUGAUUUCCUCAGCGUGCGGGUUGUGCUAACGGACGGAAAAUUCGUAAUAAUUGGUGGCUCGGCGGGAAGUGCUAUUAAAAAUAAGGCCCAAAACUUUUAACGACUUUUCGUUGAUGCACAAAAUCCCCGGCCAAAGACAAUAAAUAAUUAUAAUAAAUAGAACACCGAGAAAGUGGGGCCCUAAGCCCACAAUUCCUGCGAAGGAUAACUUUGUCGUUUCCUAUUAGAAAAUCCUUUCGCGCUCAGCUUCCUGACCAACAUAAGAAAAAAGUUGAGAAUUUUGCACGUCUUUGAGGUUUUUGUGCUGCCAGGCUGCAAACAAAGUAAAAGUUGAAGCGAAAGUUAUUGUGCAACGCGUGUGGCAAGUGCGGCAAAAGCGAAAAAAGGAGGAAAAAACGAAUGCAACGGCAAGUUUAAUUCGAUUUUAGUGUGUAACAAUCAGUGUGAAAAACAGUGAGGAAGGAGAAGUCCCACCUGUCUGCCAGCAGGUGCCAUUUGUGUGUGCUUUUUGUGUGGCAACAGCAGCAGAAUUGUUAAAGUGGAUUAGCAGACAGCUCCCUUUCUUCCGCACUGCUCUUGGAUUUCCUAUUGGAUGAGCGUGUCAAAUCUUUCAACUUCUGCUUGCCCAUGAAAUCAUGAUUACGAGAAAAUGCAGAUAAAAAUGUCGGCGAACAUUCUCUGGAAGUCUCAGCAAAUUUGGGCAGCUUUGUUUGUGACCACUCUAUGCCUAUUGGAUAUACGGGCUGCCUGGGCAAAGAAGCUUAAUGCGAGUCAAGCAUUCGACGACACAUGGAACACAGCAUCCGAUUUAGAAAAUGAACUGGAACAACAGAAGCGAGCGAAGGGUCAAAGUUCGGGAGGCGGCGGUGGCGGAGGAGGAGGAGGAGGAGGCGGUGGACCCGGCCAGUGGUCAUCCUGGUCGGAUUGGUCGACCUGCUCGCGCACCUGCGACGGGGGCAUCAUGCAACAGAUGCGUCGGUGCGGCAACCCUGGCAGUUGCCGCGGCGAGAGCGCCCGCUAUCGCAUCUGCAACAUGCAGCCGUGUCCGGAGCAACAGGACUUCCGCUCCAGCCAAUGUGCCGCCUACAACGAUGUGCCCUACGAUGGCACCCUGUACAAGUGGACUCCGCACUACGAUUAUGUCGAGCCCUGUGCGCUCACAUGCCGGGGACAUCCGGCGCAUCUCGUCGAAGACAUAUCCCGGGAGACGGGAGGCGGGAAUCCCGAGGAGGCGGAGCACUACGACGAGCAGAGCGUCAUUGUGCAGCUGUCGGCGAGGGUCCAGGAUGGAACCCGCUGUCGUUCCGGCAGCCUGGAUAUGUGCAUCCAAGGCAAAUGUCAGCGUGUUGGCUGCGAUUUGAAAAUCGGCUCGACGAAGAAAAUCGACGGAUGCGGCGUGUGCGGCGGCGAUGGGAACUCCUGCUCCCAGCCACUAUAUUACUGGGAGAUGGCACCGAUGUCGCAGUGCUCUGCCACCUGCGGCAGUGGUUACAAAAUGUCUCGUCCUAUAUGCAGGAAUCGUCUAACUAACGCCGAUGUCGAUGAUACGCUCUGCAGCCUUACUAAUCGCCCGGAGGCGUCGGUGGAGCAGUGUAAUACACACAGCUGUCCGCCGCGCUGGAUAACCGACGAUUGGAGCACUUGCAGCCGACUUUGUGGGCAUGGAUACCGGGAGCGGAUGGUUGUCUGUGCGGAAGAGUCGAACGCCAUCAAAACGAGGGUUGCCGAUAUCAUGUGCCGCACACCCAAGCCGCCAACCCAAGAGACCUGCAUUAUCGAGGAGUGUCCGCAUUGGGAGGUCGAGGACUGGACCGGCUGCUCGGUUUCCUGCGGACAGGGAAUACAAAUGCGGGGCGUUGAAUGCAAAUCGACGGACGGCAGCCUGAGUGCCAAAUGUGAUCCCCUUACAAAGCCUGGCAGCAUGCAGCAGUGCUCCACUGGCAUCCACUGCGGAGGCUCCUCCAACAAGGGCGGUGGUGGCACCAUCAUCGUGGGCAGCAGCCGUUCCCUAAACGAGCGAUCUGAGCGGCAGAUGGACAGUUCGGAUGCGGAUGACGACGACGAUGAUGAGGAGGCGGAUGACGAGGCCGAGGACAUCGAUGACCUGGAAUCGGGUCAGGACACGGAUGAUGGCGAGGGCUCGUCCUACUCCGACCAAACUCCGCGCUACUCCCAUCGCACCCAGAGUCGUCUGCAGCAGGAAGCGCCCGAUGAGCCGCGCACCAUGCAUCUGAUGAGCGGAAAUUCGAAUAAUAAUUACCAUCGGGGAGGCGGCAGGGCAGACGGACCCCCUCUAGAUCCCACCUACAUCAAGGACACAGAGUGGUCGGGAUGUAGCGUUACGUGCGGCGAGGGAAUCCGCCGGCGGUCCUACAACUGCAAGAUAUUCCUGGAAUAUUCCCGAACGGUGGCCACCGUGAAUGACUCCCUGUGCGAGGGAAAGAAGCCCCAUGACGAGGUGGAGAGAUGUGCCGAGGAGCCGUGCAUGUCGCCCGCGCAUCAUUUCGACGAGCAGUACCCCCGGGAUGCGAUUAAAGUGGGUGUUUCGGAGCCGGGAAAGACCUAUGUGUGGCGGGAGCAGGGCUACACAUCCUGCAGUGCCUCCUGCCUUGGGGGCGUCGAGGAGCUGAUCAUCAAUUGCGUGCGCGAGGACAAUGGCCGGGUGGUGUCCCCCUUCCUGUGCGCUCCCGAAACCAAGCCCGAGGCGAGGGUUCGCACCUGCAACGACCGCCCCUGCCCGCCCAGGUGGAACUACUCGGACUACACGCCCUGUUCCAAGAGCUGCGGCAUUGGCAUCAAGACCCGCGAGGUGCAGUGCAUCCAUGAGGUGACCCGCGGCGGCGACAACACCAUGGUGGUCCCGAAUAGCAUGUGUCCCCAGCCACCGCCGGCGGAUCGACAGUACUGCAACGUCCUCGAUUGCCCCGUCCGCUGGGAGGUGGGUGAGUGGGCCAAGUGCUCCCACACCUGCGGCUAUGGGUUCAAGGACCGCAAGGUGGAGUGCAAACAGAUCAUGGCCCAGGAGCACAAGAUCGAGCGACCCGAAUCGAUGUGUCCGAGUGCCAAGCCGGCGGACAAGAAGCCCUGCAACGUGAAGCCCUGCCCGCCGGAGGAUCCCAAGCCGGUCAUUCAGAUCAACAACUCCACGCACAUCCAACACGAUCCCAAGAAGACCAAGAUCACUCUGAAGGUGGGCGGAGCCGGGGUGGUCUUCUUCGGCACCCAGGUGAAGAUUAAGUGCCCUGUAAAGCGGUACAAUCGCACCAAGAUAAAGUGGAGCAAGGACCACAAGCCGCUGCAGCGUUCGCGGAAGUUCAAGGUGUCCAAGAAGGGUGCCCUGCGUAUACUCGAUAUCACGUUCCGCGAUGCCGGGGUCUACUCCUGCCACGCCGGACUGAGCUCCGCGGAAAUCACCAUCGAGGUGAAGGCCAAGCCGGGCCAACGUGCCGAGGACCUGGAGCGACAGGAGGCAGAUCGCUUGGUGCGUGAGCGGAGCGGCACGGAGGCCCUAACCUCGGCGGAUAUGACGUCGGCGGGAGCGACAGGCACUUCCGCUGGAGUUGAAACUGAUGGUCCCGCUAAUGGGUCGACGCAGCAGCAGGGAAAUCGUCGCAGGCAGCAGCAAUCGGAGCGUUUGCAGAAUGGCAGGGAGCGGAAUCGGAGGCCCAAGUCGGAUGGGAUUCAGCAUGCGGAUAGCAGCAUUAUGGAGGACGAUCAUUCGCAAUUAGUGCAAUCCGAGGACAGGGUUCCGCAGCCGGCGAGCGCCAGUAGCGGAAGUGGUCGCACCAGGACCCUCCUGGCCAUGCCAUACUUCCAGGCUCUGCUCAGCAAUCUCCAGUUUCUAUGGCCGCUGCAGCGCUUCAAGGACUCGCGUGGCCAGCAUUUGCUCCAAGGCGAGGCGCUCAAGUACGGCGUCGAAUUGGAAGGCUCCCACUUCGAACAGGACGAGCCGGUGCGUGUGCCUGGCGCCAAGGAGCUGCACACAGAGGCGGGAACCAUAAGCAGCGAUUCGCCGGAUUUGGAUCAGGAAUCCAAGGGGCAGCCGGAAACGGAGGACAUCCCGCCCCACAUGCCACAUGCUCGAUGGGAAACGGCGGUGGCAACCACGACUACGGCGAUGCCCAGCCUCGAGAGCGGUGGCUUCGUCUUCAAAUGGCUGCUGGGCGAGUGGUCCAAGUGCUCCCAGGAAUGCGGAGCAGCUGGCAGUGGUUUGCAGCGACGCACGGUGAGCUGUCAGAGAGCAAAGGCAAAGGCCGGGAGCAGCAACGACACCGAAAACGACAUCCUGGAUGUGGAUAACUCCGAGUGCUCCGCCCACGGCCUGGAGCUGCCCGAUCUGUUCCGGAGCUGCGGCAACGAGGCCUGUCCGCAGUGGAGCAAGGCGGAGUGGUCGCCCUGCCAGCGGUCCCGCUGCCACGGAAGGAACACGGCCAUCCAGCGCCGCGAGGUGACCUGUCGCUACGACAAUGGUACGGUGGGCAGCGCCUGCGACGAGUACGAGCGGCCGGCGGUGCGGCAGGAGUGCUACAACGAGCGCUGCAAGGGCGUGUGGCGCGUGGAGCCCUGGUCCGAGUGCAAUGCGCCGUGCGGACGUCAGGGCAUCAAGUACCGCAUCCUGCAGUGCGUCUGGUACGGCAGUCGCCGGCCGGCGGGCAAUGUGUGCAAGCACCAGCCCCGCCCCGCCGUCAUGAAGGUCUGCAAAAGUCCGCCCUGCCAGGCCAAGUCCUCCACCUCGGCCGCCCUGCACUGUCGCGACUCCUCGCGCUACUGCCGCAACGCCCGCGCCAUGGGUCUGUGUCGCCUGCAUCGCUAUAAGGAGAAGUGCUGCGGAUCCUGCCAGCAGCCACAGCAGCAACCCAAUCAAUACCUAUUCCAGUAACUCCGCUGCGGCCUACCAAAUGAGCGAGAAAUUUACGAACUCUGCAAGCAAUUACUCUAAGUACCGUAAAUCUAACGAACUAUAGCAAGAUAUAAAGUUAAACUUAUCCAUAUGUAUGUAUUGCCAGCCACACUAACACGAGUUCAUUACGUUAGUUAGAUACAUUUGUUCGAUUUAAAAAGACAGAAUAAUUUAUAAAACAUUUCCCGAAUCCAUUGCAUGAUAUUUGUGUCCGAAGUAAGACCAAAUAUUUUAAGAUCUGUCCUAGGCAGGAUCUCUCUGGCCAAUCAAUCGACAAACAACCUGACCUUAAUGUUUAGCUACUAAUUUGAUCCUCUUCACAAAUCUUUGGCAUCCGCUUUGCUUCAAGCAAUAAAAACCUUUAAAUAUAAUGAAUUUGAGGUUCUAAAUUUUCACUACGUCUCAAUUUAUUCAAGUGUAAUGCAUGUCAUACGAUCUUGAGUCGAAAAUUAAAACAGGUUACACAGGCGUGGCAACAGGAAAAAUAAAAGUUUAAGGUAAAUUAACCUAGCAAAUAAUGAAAGUAAAGAUUUAGGCGUGUGAUCAUGAAAUAUGAUUCGAUUAAAUGCUGACUCAAAUGGCCCACAAAAAGUAGUUGAAAUGUUUUAGCAAAAAUCUCCGACUAGCAUUAAAACUAAAUUAAUCAGCUGAAAUCACAAAACCUAUGAAGCAUGUUUUAAAUUUGUCAAUGAAACUUGAUGGCAAAGAACAAAUCCGCACUGUUACCUAAUGUGAACGAAAACCGAAUACUAAUAUGUACAUAUAGUGAAAGACAGAUAUUUAGGCAACCUUUACGAUAUGCACCUUUGACUAUUCCAUCGUCAGUUUAUGGCACUGAAUUUACUUUCGUUUUGCAUUUACCAAUUUACCACUAAGGAUAUUGUAAAUAAAUCGAAUUCGUCACUAAAUCAACAUUUCAUUUAAAGGCCAACCAUGUAAUUUAAUGAAGGAAAAGCUAUGUGGAAUAAAUAUAUGUACGCCUAUUUGUAAUUAGUUUUUUAUGGACAAAUUAUUUUAUAAACAUUAACAUAAAUCUAAACAAUAAAUAAAUACUGCGGCGUGCUAGCGUCUGACUAUAGUUUAAAUAUAUGCAUUGAAAAAACGAAACGAGGCAAGAAAAUCCCGCGAAUGUUAAAAGCGUAAAUAAAUAUUUAAGCUGUUAAGUGAAAGUUAUUGAUAAUAAACACAUACAAGUAAACGCAACCGUAACCAAUGUUAAACACAAACACAGACCCAAACAGACAUGUUAACACAUUAACGCAGCCCCACAUCAAUACAUACGCUCCAAUCCCAUAAUACAGCCAGGAUAUGAAAAACUCCGAAAUAUUGUAAGGAUUUAAAACAAGUGUGGAAUAAAUAUUAAAUACUGAA